AUGCCAGCUUCCAAUCCGAACCAGUUGGUUGAAGAGUUCAAGAAAUCAGGAGAAUUCGACCGACUUCGCCGUGAACUAUUCGCGGAAUUUCAGAAAGGCGACCAUAUCUCUUCCUUCAACAAGAAGACUGAAGAUGUCGUCCAGCAGCGUUUUGCAUCAAUGAAAUCGCGAUCCUUCAUCAGCGCUAGAUUCAACAAGAAUGAAAGCAACCUUCGGACAGAGUUGUUGCAGGAAAUUCAACGUUACCCAUACGUUGAAACAACUGUAAACGACAUGCCGAUAUUCUCUGACAAAAGUUUCGAUGACAGCCUAAAGGAAUCCAUCUUACGAGCUCUCAAGGACCAGCCAAACGAAAAUGAAAGGAAUCGGGAAUCGAAGGAGAAAGUGGGAGACGAGAACGAUUUGGCCUCUCCCAGAGACUCUGAACACUCAAAUCACAAACGGGAAGAUGCAAUGGGCGGGUCUGCCGACAACAUCAGAGAAGAGAAGAAUACAAAGGCUGAGGAGGCCAGGAUUUUGAUCAAUGGUGCAAUAAAUACGAAUCCUCCCAUACGAUCUAAUUCCUCUUGUGCAGGCAACCACAAUCCUGCUGACACAACGUCGCCCUCCCCUCAGUCGCACCUGUCUGUAAACGGUACAAAAGAAUUCGACAAUACUCCCGAUGUCAAAGACCCUACAGUUUCGCCGCCGUCACUAACUAGACGAUCUUCUUCAAAUUUAUCCUCGCUAUCCUCCGUGUCGUCUCGUUCACCGUCUGUUAUUGCGGAAACAUACACGGAUAAAACAACAAUCGUACGCGUUCCCGCACCCGCGUCUUUGCCUGAGUCUGUGCCAGACGACGGGAGAAGUCAUACUACUCAGGACGGAAGCUCUAUGAGCCAGACGGAGCGUAGUAUUGCUCGUACUACUCAGCAAACAACCGAAGGCAGCUCAGAUGUCGUCAUGUCAAAUGCAAUGGCUAUUCAAUGA